GUUGCGCCCGCUCCGCGCUCCCGCCCAGGCGGCGGCCGACGCGACGCCCCAGGUCUCGGCCCGCCGCCGCCGCCGCGGCCCGGCAAGGCCCCACUGUAGACCUCGGUUAGCAGCAGCCUCUUCCCCUGCGGUCCUGCCUGCUGGGCGCCAGCGCCAUGGCCACGGAGGAGAAGAAGCCCGAGACCGAGGCCGCCAGAGCCCAGCCCACCCCUUCCUCGUCCGCCACUCAGAGCAAGCCCACACCUGUGAAGCCCAACUACGCCCUGAAGUUCACCCUGGCCGGCCACACGAAAGCCGUGUCGUCCGUGAAGUUCAGCCCCAACGGCGAGUGGCUGGCCAGCUCCUCUGCUGAUAAACUCAUUAAAAUUUGGGGCGCGUACGACGGGAAAUUCGAGAAGACCAUCUCUGGCCACAAGCUGGGAAUCUCCGACGUGGCCUGGUCCUCAGAUUCCAACCUGCUCGUUUCUGCCUCUGAUGAUAAGACCUUGAAGAUCUGGGACGUGAGCUCGGGCAAGUGUCUGAAAACCUUGAAGGGGCACAGCAACUACGUCUUCUGCUGCAACUUCAACCCGCAGUCCAACCUCAUCGUGUCGGGCUCCUUUGACGAGAGCGUGAGGAUAUACGUGAAGACGGGGAAGUGCCUCAAGACCCUGCCCGCGCACUCAGACCCCGUGUCAGCCGUUCACUUCAACCGUGACGGGUCGUUGAUCGUCUCCAGCAGCUACGAUGGCCUCUGUCGCAUCUGGGACACCGCCUCGGGCCAGUGCCUGAAGACGCUCAUCGAUGACGACAACCCCCCGGUGUCCUUUGUGAAGUUCUCUCCGAACGGCAAAUACAUCCUGGCCGCCACGCUGGACAACACGCUGAAGCUCUGGGACUACAGCAAGGGGAAGUGCCUGAAGACCUACACGGGCCACAAGAACGAGAAGUACUGUAUAUUUGCCAACUUCUCCGUGACUGGCGGCAAGUGGAUCGUGUCCGGCUCGGAAGACAACCUGGUGUACAUCUGGAACCUGCAGACGAAGGAGAUCGUCCAGAAGCUGCAGGGCCACACAGACGUGGUCAUCUCCACGGCCUGCCACCCGACCGAGAACAUCAUCGCCUCGGCCGCGCUGGAGAACGACAAGACCAUCAAGCUGUGGAAGAGCGACUGCUAGGCGGGGCGGGGCCGGGGCGUGGCCGGGAACGGCGGGGCGGGGCCG